AUGUCAUUGCUGGACUUGAGGCUCCGACGACCACCGCUACUGGUCGCGCUACUGACGUUCGCCGGAGGCCUUUUGGCGGCCGUGUUCGUGUUCCGCAAGAUACGCAGCUGUACGAAGGACGACGUGCUCCUUGCCGACCCCAGCGCCCUGUACACAGUCAUGCUGAAGCGCCGCGAGUCGAUCGGCCACAACGUGCGGCUUUUUCGGUUCUCCCUGCGCAGAUAUAGACAGAGACUGGGCGUGCGCGUCGGCGAGCACAUAAUGCUGCGCGCACUGGCUGGCGACCGCCUGCUCAUGCGGCCCUACACCCCCGUGAGCCUGUGCGACCAACGCGGAAGCUUCGAAAUCAUCGUCAAGAUCUACAAGGCCGGCGUGUCCACCGAGUUUCCCCAGGGAGGACUGAUGUCCCAGUUCCUGGACACUCUCCAGCCGGGAGACGAAGUACAGAUACGAGGUCCACGAGGGAAAUUUGUGUACGAGGGCCACGGCAGCUUCGUCACCGCGCACGGCGAUCGGCUACCGCCUGUCAAACGGCUGGGCCUAAUCGCGGCCGGCAGCGGAGUGACACCGAUGCUGCAGCUGCUGAGAAAUAUGUUCGCGGACAGCGCGGACUGCACGCUCGUGCGCAUGAUAGACGUCAACCGCAGCGACAAGGAGAUCAUCGCACUGCGGGAGCUCAACGAGUACGCCAGGGGACACUCCUCAACCUUCAGGAUCUGCCAUGUGUUGUCAGAGCUGCCCUCCCUAGAGCUGAUGCCAGGUGUUAUUCAAGGACCACUGAACCGCUACAUCAUGGCCGCACACCUUCCUGCGCCGGACUCCAACUCGCUGAUUCUGUGCUGUGGUCCACCAGCACUGAUGGACAAAGUAUGCAGGCCAGCGCUUGCGGAUAUUGGCUACAAAAAUGAACAAGUCCUCUUUUACUGAGCCAG